AUGCAUAUCCUCGUUACCAAUGAUGAUGGUCCGCCAUCACCACAUUCGUCUCCAUACGUUCACUGUCUCAUUCAGCAGCUACAACAGGCCGGCCACACUGUUUCUGUAUGUCUUCCUCACACGCAGAGGUCAUGGAUUGGAAAGGCACACAUGAUUGGUCAAACCCUCAAGCCUGUGUACUACCGCCCUUCAUCCGUCGUCCAUGGUGAUGAUUCUCAAGGUACCACUCACCAUCGACCAUCUCCUGAAGGAGAUGUUGAAGAAUGGAUCUUGGUUGACGGGACACCCGCCUCUUGCGUCCAGAUUGGUCUUCACCACUUCUUCCAAGAUCGAGGACCUAUUGAUCUUGUCGUUAGUGGUCCCAACUAUGGCAGAAACACCACUGCUGUCUUUGCUCUUAGUUCAGGAACUCUAGGUGCCGCUCUGGAGGCUGCUGUUUGUCAAAAGAAGUCAAUUGCCUUGAGCUUUGCUUUCUUCACCAGGAACCACGACCCGGUCAUCAUCGAGGCUGCUUGUCGCCGUAGCGUCAAGGUUAUUGAGACUCUUUACAAGCAGUGGCCAACGGACGGUAGUGCGGAUCUCUACAGCGUCAAUGUUCCUCUAGUAGAAGGUCUGGAAAACAACAAGGCCAUUUGGACAAACGUUCUGCAGAACUACUGGCGAGAGGGGGGUUGCUUUCAGGAAAUUGAAGGUGAGGCAGGAGACGAGAACGAAGAAGAGGAGAGGAUUCGCGAGGGCGUAAACGGCGAGGUUGACGAUGCCGCCCGAUCUAUCUCACGAAAAGGACAUUCUCACAAACACUUCAAGUGGGCACCAAGGUUCACGGAUGUAUAUAAGAGCGUAGAAGAGUCUGCGCCUGGUAACGAUGGAUGGGCCGUCAAAGAAGGACUGACAAGUAUCACUCCUCUUAAGGCGAACUUCAUGCAUGGUGCUGGAGAAUUUAACCAGAAAGAGCUUGAACUGGAUUCGGGCUCGGUGGCGAACCAGAAAAGUCAAGAGAUGACGUCGAGGCCAAAAGGCCCCUCAAUCCAGGCUGUCAUUUCCUACGAAGAUGCAUACGUUCAACCGCUCAUCUUAUCCGCCUUGAACUCUCUCUUCCCUGAGGGGGUUUUCAAUGUGAUCACUGAAGUACCAGAGUCUGAUGAGCCAGCUCUUGCGAAAAUUGUCCCCUCAGAGGAAAACAUCUUGCAGAUUACUGCGUACGAAGCCAUCGACUUUGAGUAUGCUGGCAGCCAUGAGUGCACCACUCUUAUCAACAGCUACAUGAUCCGAAAGGCUCUUAUUCGAAAACACUACCUGUCUACUACUGUGGAUCACUGGGUGGCAAAGCAUCCUGAGUCUGUCCUAAAGACGCACAUCAAGCGCAGCGAAGCCUUUGAGGUCGAUUUCGCCGAAUUUCUGGAUGAUGCUCUGGUAGAGGCCUUUGAUCUUCGAGAAAGUAUGGAUCGUAACGAAGAGCAAUCAGAUCCCAGCUCUAAGGAGUGGUGGAUCUUGAAGCCAGGCAUGAGUGAUCGAGGCCAGGGUAUCAAACUCUUCAGUUCGAUGGACGAGCUCCAGAACAUCUUCGAUAUCUGGGAGGAGGACCAGCCCGAUACUGACGAUGAAGAGGAGGUCGCUGACAAUGACAACAAUGGUGACGGCAUUACAACCUCACAUCUCCGACAUUUCGUCGCGCAGCCAUAUAUCCACCCACCUCUACUUGUUGAUGGCGAAAAGCGUAAGUUCCAUAUCCGCACAUACGUAAUGUGCACCGGAAGCCUUGAUGUCUGGGUCUACAAGCAUAUGCUUGCGCUCUUCGCUGGCAAGCCAUACACUGCACCCGCAGAUGCACCAGAAGACAUUGAGUCUUUCCUGACCAACACAUGUCUUCAAGACUCGCCAAACGAGAACACUGUUCGUCGUUUCUGGGACCUGCCUCUAUCAAGCGACAUGCGAGACGACAUCUUCCGUCAAAUCUGUGAUGUGACGGGCGAGAUCUUCGAGGCGGCAGCAAAGGCUAUGCCAAUCCAUUUCCAGACGAUGCCUAAUGCUUUCGAAGUCUACGGUCUCGAUUUCCUGGUGGAUGCUCAAGGCACUGCCUGGUUGCUUGAGGUGAAUGCCUUCCCUGACUUCAAGCAGACCGGGGGUGAUCUGAAGGAGAUUGUGUCUGGGUUUUGGAAGGGUGUAAUGAGACAUGGUGUUGCGCCAUUCUUUGGUAUUGAGAGCUCAAUUAAGGAUCAAGAGGGUGCCGAGGAUAUGGUUCCUGUCCGCAAGGUAGAUUUGGGACGGAGGUAA